AUGAACUCUUCUCGUCUCUUUGCGUCCAUCGGCGCAGUCACGGUUGCCGCUCUUGCUAUCAAUGUCCUCUCUGCUGUUAAGGUCUAUAUCCUCCCCUCGAAGCUGCAGCAAUAUGCACAUGUUUCCACCGAUGGCAGUCCUCCGUGGGCACUGGUAACAGGCGCAUCUGAUGGCAUUGGCCGCGCCUUUGCUGAAGAGCUCGCGUUACGCGGUUUCAAUGUGGUUCUCCACGGCCGCAACAAGGCAAAACUUGACCUAGUGAAGUCUGAGCUGCAAAAGAAACACCCACAGACGUUGUUUCGAACUCUGGUCGCAGACGCUAGCAAGGUGCAGUGCGUGAAUUGCCUACAUGGUGGAGAGAAUGAGUCGCAACACCAGUUAGACUUCAAUGCUAUCAAAGACGCGCUUCAAGACUUGCAUCUCACCGUCCUGAUCAACAAUGCGGGUGGCGGCUCCAGGGAUCCUGUCUACCUCUCGCUGGGCGACAGUUCCGAGGAGCGCAUUACUGAGAAUGUCAGUGUUAACGCAUUGUUUCCUCUGCACCUGAUUCGUGUUCUUCUUCCGCAUCUAGCGGAAAACUCGCCUGCCUUGAUUAUGAACAUCAGUUCCCUGGCUGACGCCGGCCUUCCUUUGCUUGCCUCUUAUAGUGCAAGCAAACAAUUUUUAAUGACCUUAACGCGUACUAUAAACCUGGAAGUUGCGUUCGCGGGCAAAACAGGCAUUGAGUGCUUAGGGAUCCGCGUUGGUAACGUCACCGGCGUAUCGCACAAUAAACAGUCUCCGUCGUUGUUUACGCCAACAGCUAAUACAAUGGCUCGAAUAGCGCUGGAUCGCGCUGGUUAUGGCCAUGGGGUUAUUAUUGGCCAUUGGGCACAUGCGUUGCAACAGGCUAUAAUGACUUUUAUGCCUAUGUUUUUGGCAAAAAUAGUUAUAAUUAAUACUAUUUGGGAGAGAAAGGAAGCUGAAUUAAAAUUAAGCUAA